AUGACCGACUUUCCUCCGCUCAAGAAUGAUCUGAUUAUUCGGGCUGCACUUGAACUCGCAACGUUAGUCACGCUCCAACCAAUCGAUCGAUAUGACGGAUUGCUCGACGCCGCUAUAAUUUUUUCCGAUAUCCUCGUGAUACCACAAGCUUUAGGUCUAGUGGUGGAAUGGAUACCCGGAAAGGGAAUGGAAUUGCCGGACCCUUUGGUAGUUCCCGAGGAUAUCGAUCUAAAAUUACGAGAGAGUAUUGACGUCAACCAGGAAUUAGGCUACGUUUUUGAAGCGAUUACCAUGACACGAAAAGCUUUAAACGGUCGCGUUCCUUUGUUAGGAUUCGUCGGGGGACCCUGGACCUUGAUGUCUUAUAUGGUUGAAGGAGGGGGUAGCAAAACUUUUUCAAAGGCCAAGACUUGGUUGUAUAAGCAUCCUGAAGGGUCAAAGAGGUUGCUGCAAAAGAUUACUGAUGCGGCAGUAGAUUUUUUGGUCGGACAGAUUAAAGCUGGUGCGCAGAUGGUUCAAGUAUUUGAAUCAUGGGGUGGAGAAUUAUCUCCUCACGAUUUCGAAAUUUUCUCGUUGCCAUAUCUUUCCCAAAUUGCCAAGCGUGUCAAAACGCAAUUACAGCUCGAUGGCAUAGCUCCGGUUCCAAUGACAAUAUUUAGUAAAGGAUCUUGGUAUGCACUGGAAUCCCUAUCGAAGAUCGGAUACGAUACGGUCUCAUUGGAUUGGACCGUUGACCCUGUUUACGCAAAGACGGUCACUAAGGGUAGAGUGACACUUCAAGGAAAUAUGGAUCCCAAUGUGCUAUACGCCGAUCAUGAUACAAUUAGGGCAACAGUGAGAAGAAUGUUGGAAGCAUUUGGAACAAACGAAAGAUACAUCGUGAACCUUGGACAUGGUAUCCUACCCACGGUUGAUCCCGAAAAUAUGAAA